GAGGGAUCCGCGGAGGGGGCCAGGGAUUUGGCGUUCGCUACAGCCAAGCACCAGGUACUGCCGCGCUACGACUCAGCUCCUCGCCGACCGGAGCGAGGUGCCGUCGCGGUCCGAGGCCGAGGGCCGCCAUGAGCACCAGGCCGCCGCGCUCGGGGCGACGCUGCCCGCACCAUCCCUGCGAUGCGCCCACCUCCAACCCGGCGGCGAUGGCGAUGUCCGCGAGGCCCUGGGCGCGAGGGAGGCGAUGGCGACCAGCUGAAGCGGCGGCGCCGUCAUCCUACACCGGGAGGCGGGGCCUGGUGGCGCACGAGGCUGCGGGAUGCGGAAGGGGGAGAAGCAAUGGAGGUACUGACGGGCGCGGUGCUGUUCGAGGAGGCGGGGCGCGGAGGGAGAGAGCAGUGGAGGUGCUGACGCUGACGCCGCGGCGCUUCAUGGAGGUCAACUAGGAGGUGGACGAGGCCUUGCGGCUCGCAGCCGACCUGCUCGCCGAUGCGCCAAUAGGGAUCUGCUCGCCGGCGGGGACGCCAUUUUCUUCUAGUGAUGUGCGGAUGGUGAACUGCUCACCGGGAUUCACCCCGAGCCCAGGGAGUUGGAGUAUCAGGGAUAGGAUAUGUGCAUCGAGCAGAUUUUAGAUUUCUGGUUCACAUGGGUACACAUUGGACCAAACGACGGCGUCUUCACGGGCGAUUGGAUCUGAGCUCUCGUCUCGGUUCAUCUGUGCUGCCGGCGUCAUGACGGCGUCAACAGAACGAACCACAUCAGGUGCACGGCGUCAGGGCACAAUGAUGAAUUUUACGGAGGAUGCUCCGGUAAAGAAAGGCUCUGUUCUCUUAACAAGGAUGGAAAGUAUAACGGCAUACAAAAACCAACGUGGACAACCCAAAUCUGGAACUCCAGAACAAUCUGACAUUCCAGUAUCUGCUAAUGACAUGUGUUCCCUUGCUGAAUGGCCAUCCCAUGCUCGCCGCAACCGUGCGCUACUACAGGAUGAAGCUGGUGGACAGAAGAAGAAAGGGCGAGGUGUUCUAAAAGGUUUUAAAGCAUCUAAGAAGCGUUUUGCCAAUGGAUCUGCAAAGCUAAAUAUUACAUUCUCUGAAAAAUUGGGUGGUACAGUAGGAAUGAACUAUCGUUCGUUCAAGGAUGAUGUGGUAGUCAUAAUGAAAAGAAAGUUACCACUCAUUGGAGUGAGGACGUGGUCGGACAUUCACCCUACCAUUCAUCGACUCAUUGUUGCAGAUAUGAUAGACAGAUGGGACCUAGAAGAUACACCAGAAACAGAAGAAAAAGUUCUCAAAAUUGCGAAAGAGAGAUAUAGAGGCUGGCGAUCAACUCUAAGCUCCACUUACAAGGCAUACAAAACAGAUGCAGCUAGAUUGGCUAAUCUGCCAGAAGAUUUACAACUAGAAGAGUGGGAAUGGAUGAUUGAGUACUUUGGCACUGAUUCAAAAUUUCAGGAACGCAGCCAAAUGAACGCCGAUAACCGUAAGAAACAGAAGACAAAACACAUAAUGGAAUCAAAAUCUUACUCGCAAGUUAGUUUUGAGAAGAGAAACUUGGAAACUGGAGAAGAGCCAGAUUGUAUUGCUCUAUGGGAACUCACCCACACAAACGAUGGAACAUGGACAAAGCACUUGAAGAGGUUAAAAACAAACAAGCUGAAACUGAAGGUCCACUUUCAAGUGAGCAGAAAAACAAUAUUUUCCAGACCGCUUGCAAAGACACUCUGGAAUGGAAGUCAUCGCAGCCUCGUGGGUACGGAUACAUGGCCAAAACUUCAACUAGUUCUGAAAAGUUCCGUAUCCAGAUUGAAGAGCAAGCUCGUGCUACAGCAGCCACCCAGGAGCGAAACUCUCAGCUCAGCCAGCAGGUCAAUGACUUAGAAGAUCAACUACAAGCUGAACGUGCUAACACACAAGAGAGGAUUAACUUGGAGCGUGCUGAGAGAGAACAACUUGAGGAGAGGUUAAAAGAAGAGCGUGCUGAAAGGGAAAGAUUGUUGCAAGAGGAGCGAACAUCAAGGCUGGAAUUGGAAAAAACAUGAUGGCAAAGUUUGUAGAAUUGAGCAAACAGAUGGGAACCCAAUAGGUGCCUACGAAGAGGGUUGACAAAGAAAAUAGUAAUCCAAACUUGCAAAAUAUUCUUUCACAGACAUCUAGUCCUAAUAAGACUCCAGGUUCAAGGCCGACUGCUAUUUCUUCAAAUGCGCUCAUACAAGCUGCAACAAGGCAAUCUCGAAUGUUUAAAGCAAUGGAUCCAAAGAACUAGCUGGACUGGACUCUAGAUCACGGGCAGUUUAGUCUUCGAAGUUAAUUAGGAUGGCUAAAUUACAUUUCAGUUUUAUUUGAUGGAUAUUUUCUAUCAGAAUUAUGAAUUGUAUGAAUCUACAUAUUAUACGUAUGGUUUUGAAUAUUGUAAUUGAAAGCUUGUAUUUUUUUACGGUUGCAAUAGACUAUUACCACAACCCA